AUGAAGGGUUACCUGAAAACAACGGGGUGGGUAUUUAAACUCCAGGCCGAAACCACUACAGUAGGAACACAUAGGGAUUGCGAUUUAUGUUUACAGAAUGGAGGAGUUGAGGAGCAUCACGCCCUGAUCGAAUGGAGCAAAUCAGAGCCAUGCUUUGUGCUGAGUGACCUGAACUCUGCCCAUGGUACAUAUGUCAACGACUGUCGUAUCCACAAUGCAGCCGUGCAUCUAACCCCAGGCGAUGAACUGCACUUUGGCUAUGGAGGCUCCACCUACCAGCUAGCUGUGGAUGGCAAUACUUCUGCCCCUGUUGCGUGGGUAUGGGGGCGAUCAUCUGUCACCCCUCAUCCCCCUAGCCGGGCUCGACCAGCCAGUGCUGGGACCAAACGGACUGGGCAGAGCAUCCCCUCUGAACAACAAGGGACAACCUCACGCAGACCAGGAAGUUGGACUGGACACACAGGAAGCGGGCCCCCUCAGAGAACCGGAGCAGUGGCAUCUGAAAGUUCUCAGACCAUGCAGCACCUCUUACAGGAGAAGGAGGAGAGGCUGCUGCGGCUAGGAGACGAGAUCAGCAGGCUGGCUGUGUUUGAGAGUGAGUCCCAGAGGAAGGACAGGGUGAUUGCAGGGCUGAGGGACGAGAUGUCAGCUCUGAGACACCAGCUGACCCAGAGCCAGCAGACCGACCAAGAGAUCAAACACAGGCUGCUCAGUCUGGAGAGGGACAUCAAUGACAAGAGGGAGCAGAUCGAAAGGAUGAAGGAGCAGAUGGUAGAGCUGCAGAGGGGCUCCAGUGAGGUGUUUAGGCAUUCUGUCACCGAGCGAGACCUAAAGAUCUACAACCUAAGAGGUCAGAUGGAGAGACUGAAGAGGGAAAGCAGCACUGCCUCAGGUCUGGUAAGAAGCUUACAGAGAGACCUGAGUUCGAGGGAGAAGCAGGCUCUGAAACUGGUGUCUGAGGUGGACAGACUCCGGCAGGACAUCCGACACAAGGACAUCCAACUGGGGGCUACUGCCACCAAGUUCUCCAAAAUGAGCAAGAAGCACCAGGAGGAGUUACUCAACCAUGAAAAUGAGGUGAUGACACUGAAGAAGAGCGUUGAGAGGCUGGAGGUUACUUUGAGAGAUAAGCAGAGGCUCCUGGAGCACCAAACAACAGAGAGGGACUUGCUAAAAAACAGACUGGAGAAGAAGAUUGGGGAGCAAGCUUCUAUGUUCGCGGAGUCUGAGGCUGAGAGGCUCACACAACAAAAGAAGCGCAAAGCUGAGCUGGAUCUGGUGCAGUCACAGGUAUUAGAGCAGGUGGCAGAGCUGCUAGGAGAGAGAGAGAGCCUGAUGAGUAAAAUAGAGGAGCUGGAAGGACAACUGAAGGAGCUCAUGACUGAACAGGAGGGGGCAGCAGAGGACACAGAGAGACUGAAGAGUAGGCUGGAGACCUGUCAGAGUCAAUUACAGGAGGCAUGCUUGGCAAAUGCACUGGAGAAGGCCAUGACCUCACUACAGGAGGAGAGUGUGUCUCCAGCUCUGGCCUGGGUCAAGGCUUCAGUCCUCUCCAUAAUGGCUACCCAGCUCCCACUGCUUCAGAGUGCCACCCAGGCACUACUGGAAGCUGGGAUAGAUGCUUCACAUCCCACUGAAGGAGUCCUGAGUGGCAUCAGAACCCUGGUCAAUGAGCAUCAGGGAUACAAAGUGGAGCUUCAGCGUUUGAAGAUAGACCUGGAGGAGCUCCAGGAGAGAGAAGCAAAGUCCAGAGAGCUGCAGGAGCUUCUGAGCAUUACCAGAGAGGAGCUGGUGCAGCAGAGACAGCAGAUGACUGUGGCACAGCAUGAAGAAGAGACCAGGAAGAAGGAGUUGGAGGAGCUAAAGGGGGAGUUGGAGGCACUCAGACAAGCCCAGACUAAACUGCAGCAGGAGGCACAGACCCAGGAGGCCGAGUGGUGCACCAGGCUGGAGGAGGCGGGCAGGAGGGAGGAGGAGUGGCAGGAUAAGAUGAAGGAGAUCUUGGAGGAGGAGAAGGAGCGCUACAGGGUCUGGGAGGCCGAGUACAGGGAGCAGGUGCGGCAGCACGCACACACCAUCGUGGCCCUGGAGCAGCGCUGGGUCCAGAGCAGACAGAGAACCCAGGAGGUGGAGGAGGAGAGGGAAGCGCUGAUUGGACAGCUGAGAGCGUUGGAGGGGAAUCUGGAGAGUAGUAGGCCUGUGAUGAGUACCAGUCCCCUGGAGACACAUACUAAACAGGCCUCAGAGGUAGCAGCCCUGGAGGGUAAUAUCACUUCACUCAGGGCAGACUUGGCCCAGUCUCAGCUGGAAACAUGUAGCCAGGGUGACCUCAUCGUGGCUUUGAGUCGUGACCUGGCUGCAGCCAAUGCCAGGAUAACAGACAUGACAGGGGAGCUCAGUGAGCAGCAGAAACUACAGUUGGAGCAGCUUAAGGCUCUGGUUGUGGAUCAGAGGGUCCAACUGAGCAUUCUCACUCAGAAGCUAAUGCUGAUGUCACAACUCGUGGAGCAGAAAGGGGAGGAGCUUGAGAAAGUGAGGGAUGAAUUGAGGCUUUGUCAGGUGGACCUGGAGAAGAGUCUCAGGGCAGAGAGAGAGAUGAAGGAACAGAGGACAAACCCAGAGCAGACCCAGCCUGUCCACUACUCUGUUGUCACCUGCAUACCACCACACACAAAGGAAAUGGCCACUGUCACCGCUCCUGGGGAGUAUGCCAAGCAGGGGUCAAAGUCCAGAGGUUAUCGACACAAGGAGGUGAUUCAGCAUCAGAGGGAGGCUCUGUCAGAGAUGAGGGCCAGGAUCGGAGCCUUGGAGCAAACAUGGCCCCUGAAGCGCUUCACCCAGCAGGGGGCACCUAAGAAACAAGCAGGGAGUGAGGCGAGCAAACUCAGCACACCGAGGUCUGCAGUGAGUGGCUGGCCACUCCCUGGAGCAUUCGGGGAGGAGACCCUGGAGCGCACAGCCAGACUGGACCUAUCAGACGCCCUGGACCUCAGCGAGAGGACAUACCUGGAUCUGGCACGGGCGCUGUGCGAUGCUCUGGAGUUGAGCGAGGGCCAGCUGCAGGGGUGUGUGUCCCUGCAGCACCUGCCCCAGGAGGAGAGGGCCAGUCUGGCUUCUUUGCGUCAUGCAGACCUGGAGCUGCUCCGGAGCUGCAUGGCCCGACAGCACAGCCAGGCCCAGCGAAGUGAAACCCUACUGCAGCAGCAGCAUAGAGAAAUGACUACUCUCAGGGAGAGCCAGGCGGCGGGCCAGCAACUCCAGUCCAGGCUGGAUAUGCUGAGGACCGAGCUGGAGACGGAGAGCCAAGAGAGCUCCCUGCUUCGCGAGGCCUUGCUCCACACCCAGAGUCGUCUGGAACAUGAGAUAGACGUAAACACCAGGGCCGUAAAGAGCCGUAAGGCAGUGAGUGUGGAGAAAGUCCAGAGGAGGAGUGGGAAGACAGCCUCUCACAGCUGUGUCCGUACUGAGGCCGGCGACAAGGCGACAGCGAAGACAUCCAGCCUGUUGGAGAGGCUGAAGAAGAGGGAGUACGAGGUGGAGACCCUGAAGAGGCAGCUGGGGAAGAAGGAGUUUGGCAAGAUGGCCUCCAAGCUGGAGCUGGCCAUUGUACAGCAGCAUCCUCAACAGGCCCCACCACUGACAGAGCCCUCCUAA